GAAGCCAAAUUGGCAAAUUUGGAGAAAACGCGUUUCCUGUUGAUCUUUAAUUAGUAUAAGUUACGUACAAUAUCAAAUCCUAUGAAUCUGAAACAAUAAACUCAAACUAUGAUGAUGGUUUCUAGCAAAACAUUCUCUUCACUUCAGUUUUUCACUCUUUUCUACCUCUUUACAGUUGCAUUUGCUUCCACUGAGGAAGCAAUUGCCCUCUUGAAAUGGAAAGCAACUUUCAAGAACCAGAAUAAUUCCUUAUUGGCUUCAUGGACGCCAAGCUCUAAUACAUGCGAAGACUGGUAUGGAAUUGUAUGCUUUAAUGGUAGGGUUAACAGGUUGAAUAUUACAAAUUCCCGUGUCAUUGGUAACCUGUAUGCUUUUCCGUUUUCAUCUCUCCCUUUUCUUGAGAAUCUUAAUCUUAGCAUGAACAAUUUCUCUGGCACCAUUCCACCUGAGAUUAGUAAUCUCACUAAUCUUGUCUAUCUUGACUUGAACAGCAAUCAGAUUUCAGGAACAAUCCCACAACAAAUCGGUUCACUAGCCAAGCUUCAGAUCCUCCAUAUAUUUGACAACCAUUUAAAUGGCUCUAUUCCUGAAGAAAUAGGUUACCUAAGGUCUCUUACUAAGCUAUCUUUGGGUAGGAACUUUCUUACUGGUUCUAUUCCUGCUUCAUUUGGGAAUUUGAACAACUUGUCUUUUUUGCUUCUUCAUAAUAAUCAGCUUUCUGGCUCUAUUCCUGAAGAAAUAGGUUACCUAAGGUCUCUUACUAAGCUAUCUGUGGGUAUGAACUUUCUUACUGGUUCCAUUCCAGCGUCAUUGGGGAAUUUGAGCAACUUGUCUUUUUUGUAUCUUUAUGAUAAUCACUUUUCUAGCUCUAUUCCUCGAGAAAUAGGUUACCUAAGGUCUCUUACUGACCUACAUUUGGGUAAUAACUCUCUUACUGGUUCCAUUCCAGCUUCAUUGGGGAAUUUGAGCAACUUGUCUGGUUUGUAUCUUUAUAAUAAUAACCUUUCUGGCUCUAUUCCUGAAGAAAUAGGUCACCUAAGGUCUCUUAGUAUCCUACAUUUGAGUAAUAACUCUCUUAAUGGUUCUAUUCCUGCUUCAUUGGGAAAAUUGAAAAACUUGUCUAUUUUGAUUCUUUUUUAUAAUCACCUUUCUGGCACUAUUCCUGAGGAAAUAGGUAACCUAAGGUCUCUUACUAUACUAGCUUUGGGUGUAAACUCUCUUAGUGGUUCUAUUCCUGCUUCAUUGGGGAAUUUGAACAACUUGUCUAGUUUGAUUCUUUUUGAUAAUCACCUUUCUGGCACUAUUCCUGAGGAAAUAGGUAACCUAAGGUCUCUUACUAUGCUAGCUUUGGGUAGGAACUUUCUUAGUGGUUCUAUUCCUGCUUCAUUGGGGAAUUUGAACAACUUGUCUCAUAUGUUUCUUAACGAUAACAACUUGAAGGGAGAAGUUCCGCAAUGUUUGGGUAAUAUCAGUGGCCUCCAGUUAUUGAUGAUGUCACAUAAUAAUCUCAGUGGAGAGCUCCCUUCAUCUAUCUCCAAUUUAACAUCACUGCGAAUACUAAAUUUGGGCAGAAACAAUCUGAGGGGAGCAAUUCCACAAUGUUUUGGCAAUAUUAGAAGCCUCCAGGUUUUUGAUAUGCAGAAUAACAAACUUUCUGGGACUCUUCCAACAAAUUUUAGCAUUGGAAGUUCACUUAUAAGUCUCAACUUGCAUGGCAAUGAACUAGAGGGGAGAAUCCCUCGGUCGUUGUCCAAUUGCAAAAAGUUGCAAGUUCUUGAUCUGGGAGAUAAUCACCUCAAUGACACAUUUCCCAUGUGGUUGGGAGCUUUGACAGAGCUGAGAGUUUUAAGAUUGACAUCGAAUAAAUUGCAUGGACCCAUAAGAUCUUCAGGGACUGAAAUCAUGUUUCCUGAUCUUCGAAUCAUAGAUCUCUCUAACAAUGCCUUCUCAAAAGACUUAUCAACGAGUAUGUUUCAACAUUUGAAAGGCAUGAGGACAAUUGAUCAAACAAUGAAGUUACCAAGUUAUGAAGGAAAUGGAGAUUACCUAGACUCGGUGGUAGUUGUAUCAAAGGGAUUGAAGCUAGAAGUUGUGAGAAUUUGGUCUUUGUACACAGUUAUAGAUCUUUCAAACAACAAAUUUGAAGGACAUAUUCCUGGUGUUCUGGGAGAUCUCAUUGCGAUUCGGGUACUGAAUUUAUCUCAUAAUCGAUUGCAAGGUCAUAUACCACCAUCACUUGGAAGUUUAUCUGUAGUGGAAUCAUUGGACCUUUCGUUUAACCAGCUUUCGGGAGAGAUACCACAACAACUUGCUUCUCUAACGUCUCUUGAAUUCUUAAAUCUCUCCCACAAUUAUCUUCAAGGAUGCAUCCCUCAAGGACCUCAAUUUCAUACCUUUGAGAGAAAUUCAUAUGAAGGUAAUGAUGGAUUGCGUGGAUUUCCAGUUUCAAAAGGUUGUGGCAAUGAUCCUGUGUCAGAGACAAACUAUACAGUGUCUGCGCUAGAAGAUCAAGAAAGAAAUUCUGAAUUUUUCAAUGAUUUUUGGAAAGCCGCUCUGAUGGGCUAUGGCAGUGGACUAUGCAUUGGCUUAUCCAUAAUAUAUUUCUUGAUCUCAACUGGAAAUCUAAGAUGGCUUGCAAGAAUCAUUGAAGAACUGGAACACAAAAUUAUCAUGCGAAGGAGAAAGAAGCAGCGAGGCCAAGGGAAUUACAGAGGAAGAAAUAAUCGCUUCUAGACAAGUUACCAAUAAAGAAGGAUUUGAUUUCAGAACUUCAGAUUUUCAGGUGCCAAGAAUAAGAAGAUGUUGGUGUAAUGGAUUUGGUUCUUCCUAUGUUGCAGCUUAUGAUUGUUGGAUUUGAUUUUUAGUUUUACAAGCUUUUCUUAACCUGGGAAACUGUAAUAUUAUGAAUUUUGAUGAUAUACAAUAAAUGUUGUGUGUAUUGAAUGAUGUGUAUGCAUUUCUCGGAUCAAUAAUACUCACCUCAAAGAAUCUAAGAGAGCUGAAUUAAUGGAGGAAGAUAUUUAGCGCACGAUAGAAGAGAGAGAACAAACAAAG